CUCAUACCCUGGAGCACAGGCAAUAUGACUUUACCACUCUUACCUGGGAAUACAUUCAACAGGAAUUUAGGAAAGGAGAAAUUUCAUAAGUCUCAUCACUUUGACUUCCCAAAUGAUGUCCCUACGAUGGUGGGAGAGGAAAAACCCGGCAUUGGUGGUGAACCAUUGUUUGGUCAGAAGCUGAAACCUAAGUUCAGUGUAUUCCCAAAGGGACAGGGCAGUGAUGCACCAGCGUGGGUUGUCUUUGACAAGCAGGUGCUUUGUUUUAAAGCCUAUUUUCAAGAAAGUGUUCAUGAAAGAAGAGAAGAACAGUACCGAGUAAGAAAGUGCAAGAUUUACUUCUACCUGGAAGAUGACACAAUACAAGUUGUUGAGCCAGAAGUAAAAAACAGUGGCAUUACUCAAGGAACUAUAAUCCAUCGUCACCGUAUUCCACUUCCGUCUCCAAAUGAUGAUCAGUUUUACACAGUGGAUCACUUCAAUAUUUGUCAAGAAAUUGUUUUCUACUCAAAGACAUUUAUGAUUGUAGACUGUGACCAGUUCACAAAAAAUUUUCUGCGGAAAAUGGGUGUCAAACUGAAUCCCCCUGGCUGCAUUCCUGAAGAUCCUUACACUUCAAAGCGUGAAGAAAUGGAAAAAAAUAUGCAGCCUCUUCGUCCAUAUGAGAAGAUUGACAAACUUAAGCAGUUCCUGGACCACGACACACAUGUGCUGCGAUUUUACGGUUACUGGGAUGAUUCGGAGAAUCUGUUUGGUGACUUCAGGGAACUCAUCCUGCACUAUUUUCUGGCAGAUGACACUAUUGAAAUCAGGGAGGUCCUGCAUCCAAAUUCAGGUAGAGAUGCUGUUGGUGUAUUACUCCACCGAGGCAAACUACCAAAGCAUGUUCCAGAUCGGUUAUAUCACCCUGGUGAAAUUACAGAUCCUACAAUACUGAACACUACUGCACCAAUGGGGCAUGAAAGCCACUAUAUCCUGGAUAGCCUUAAGACUGGAAAUGUGUACCAGGAGUUCUACAAGGAUUGUGACCUGAUGAUUGGGACAGUGAUAAAAGCCUGGGGACGGAAGGUGGUUCUCUGUGAUUGCGAUGAAUUCACAAAAGAAUAUUACCGGAAUAAAUAUGGCAUUGUGGACUUCACACCAGUCAAAUACAAGUCAAAACCAACGACUAAAGUUGAAAGAAAAAUCCCUCCAUACAAUGGCUUUGGAUCAGAAGAGGACUCCCUUAACUCAACCCUGAGUCUAGUACCCAAAGCUCCACAACGUAACAUCAUGAAAUUCAUGGAAAAGGACAGACAAGGACUGGAAAGCAAUGUGCUAAGGUUCAGCGCCAGACUGAUUACAGAUGAUCAGAUCAACAGUGAACGGAAAUUUGUACUUUCAUAUUUUUUGAGUGAUGACACCAUUAGUAUUUUUGAACCUCCUGUUGUGAACUCAGGUAUUUCUGGUGGUAAAUUUUUGGAAAGAGGGCGAAUAAAAAGACCUGGCCAGGAACUUUUUAAGAGUGAGCUAUCUGAGUACUUUACUGAGCAUGAUCUGUUUAUUGGAGCUAAGCUCUGCCUCUACGGGAAUUACUUUUGUCUGGUAGAUGCUGACGAGUAUACUUUCUGUUACAUGGAGAAGAAUGCAGAUGAAUACCCAAAGGCUAAUAUUUGCACAAUUCUGACCAAGCUCAAAACAACUGGUGAUUUACAUUCCCUUGAAAUAAAAAGGAUGCUUUCAGCUCAUGAUCAUAAAAGGACUGGCAUAAUUAGUUAUGAUGAAUUCAGGGAUAUUUUGAUUCAGAUUGGAGAAGGAUUGCUCACUGAACAUGAAGUCAUGACAAUAGGCCGCUACUAUAGCAUCCGUGAACAGCAAAAGACAGAUGUUUGUCUCAUACUGCAUGUUGUCCAAGAGGCAUUGAGAAAGGAUGCCUUUGAAGAUUUUGCCAAAAUAUCUGAGGUCUUUAUGUAUGAGGAUCGACAAAGAACUGGAUUCUUGCCAGCCCAAGAAAGUAGAAAUAUUUUGAAAGGUUUCCAGCUGCCGAUACCAAAUGAUAUUCUUGAUGAAAUGAUUUCAAAUUUUCAAGGUGCUGAUGGACAAGUGGCAUACCGGAACCUUAUCUUAGGCUUGAACUGGCGAGAAAACCCUGUACCACCUGUAGAUGUAAAGCUGCCUAUGCAGCUUAACAAAGCCGGGAGCGGAGAGUUUCCAACUAAGCAAGUGACGAGCAUCAACUAUAUAGCUUUCAUAGAAGAUUUGUUUGGCAAGCAGGAGUGACUUGACACAGCAUAGGUCUU